AUGAUUGUAAUUCUACCAAGCCCACAUUCUCUGGCGUUCAAGUGUUCAGGCGCAAAACAAUUGUGUUGCUCGGGGUUGUGCGUCCGUGCAUUGGCCGACGACCAUGGAGGUUGUGUAGCCUUUAGUCUAGUUGGUGUGUGGGUUCGGCCACGGGGGCGCCGCUGGCGUCGAAUUUGCGGAUUGUUGUCUCGAACUCAAUUGGAGCUGGCGGCUGCAAGUCACAGCGAUCAGAAGCUCCAAAUACUUGAACCUUCGCCGGUCUACAAGUGUCAAACUGAUACUCCGGAUGAGGGCAAACGAAUCCGUGUCUCCAUCGACUGCAAGGAGGGUGGUCUCCACCACUUGCGUCCCGUCGGUAGGAUCAGCGAGAACGAUCGAUUGUGGAUUUACGGUAGUCCCGUCAGUGACCCCGAGAAUAAAGCCAAAGCCCGAAGUAGUAUCGUCGAAUGCAUUCGGGCCUAUGGAAAGAAACGCGAGUAUGAAUGUGGAAAACAUCAUUUGAAGAACGAAGAAGGCGGCCACACAUCGGAACUAGCGAAGACAAUGCUUCUUGACGGCGUCACACGGUUCAGAUGGCUUCAAUGCUCUUUCAGCCACUCGAGUACUCAACAUUUGAAUGUUGCAGUACUAGCACAAUAUUCGGCUAACCAAGUCAUGCAAGCUCAUUGCGGCCACGACGAUACCUUGCACAUGACAACAAGUUUGCAGCUUCAGUGUGGGGUCGAUGGAAAGCCGUCAUUCAAAUGCCUAUCCUUCUGGGUCUUCCGUAGUAUGAGAGCCCGGCCUACUCUCGACAUCGGGCAGGCCUGA